AUGUCAUAUUCAUUGCUUCAUAAGUUUUCAAAUAAGUCUGUCUAAUAAAUAGUUUAAGAGUUGAUGUAUGAUGAAUACUUAGAAAGAGAUAAUUUGUUUAGAAAUGCUUUUAAUUCAUUACCUUUGAAGGCUGUAAAAAAAAAGAUUGUAUUUUCAAAGAACAUAUACAAUAAUUAUUUACAGUAGUCACCAAAUUCUGGAACUCCAUAAAAUAAUUAAUGCAAAGUUAUUGGAGUGAUGGCAGCUUAAAAGAAAAAGAAUCAAGAUGUUAUCAUAAAUGUGUCAGUAAAUGAUUUUUUUAUUUUAGUCCAAAGAAUGUUAAAAAGGUAAGUAAGCCUAAAGAAAUAAGAGGAUUGUCAAUAUCUGAUCAUAUGGAUAAUAUAAUUAGAGAAAAAACUAUUUUACCUCAAAUCUAAAAAUAAUCACAUUUAAGUUUAGUGUUUAAUGAUGAUGAUUUUGAAGGAUAUAAAUUGAAAUCUGAAGAAAUGACUUUAGAGAUUGAUGAAUAUAUGCAAAUGAAGAGAGAUAAGGAAAGUUUUUAGUUGCCUAAUAUAUACUCAAGAAAUUAAUGAUUAUUUGAUUAUAAUCUCGUUAUGAUGCG